AUGCCUCGCAAUAACAAGAAAGUCAAAAAUGCCCCUCCGCCGCGCGCUCGCGGACCAGGCAAACCAUCUGGCCCGUCUUCCAACCCUGCCAAGGGACAGCAGCAUGGCAAUGGGCAAAAGCAGGGAAGUGGUAAUGCCAACCCACCUAAGAAAGCCUCCAUGCAGGCGAACCAGAGACCUAUCGUGCCGUUUUUAAGGAAGGAUCGAAUCCUCCUUAUUGGUGAAGGUGACUUCUCAUUCGCCCGUUCUCUUGCAAAACAAUACAAGUGCCGCAACCUAUGCGCCACAUGCUACGAUUCCAAAGAAGUGCUAUACAACAAGUACCCGCAAGCUCCUCAGAACGUCUCAGAUAUCCUGAGCGCAUCAGCAAAGUCAAAACUAGCAAGCAACGAGACCGAAAACCAGCCAGAAGAAAGCAAAUCCGAAGACCAGGACUCAACCAACCCCAACCCCAGUGCCAAUCCCAACCAGCAAACCCCCAAAGUCGUCUUCUCGGUGGACGCGCGCAAACUCGGCGCUCCGGCAGGCGGCGGCAAGGAAAUCCGCACAGGAUUCGCACGCCGCGAGCGCAAGAGACCAGCCUGGUACCAGAAAGACGAGCCAGCAGGACCACCGUACCAGCCCGGUGGGGCGUGGGAUGUGAUCUGCUUCAAUUUCCCGCAUGUGGGUGGGCUUUCUACGGAUGUGAACCGACAGGUUCGUUCGAAUCAGGAGCUGCUGGUUGCAUUCUUCAAGGCGUGUAUACCGCUUGUUUCGAAGCCGCCGCCGCUUAUGGAUGCUGAUGAUGAUGAGUGGGUGUAUGCAGAUGGAGAGGAGAGUGAAGAAGAAGAUGAGGAUGAGGAUGAGGAAGGAGGAGAGGGCCAGGAGCUAGGAAAAGACGAUGAUACUACCGGGAAGGGAUUCCGGACUGGGCCUGGUCAGAUCCUUGUUACUCUGUUCGAGGGUGAGCCAUAUACGCUUUGGAAUAUUAGGGAUUUGGCGAGGCAUGCGGGGCUGGUUGUUGUGACUAGUUUCCGGUUUCCUUGGACUUCUUAUGAGGGCUAUUCUCAUGCGAGAACGGUAGGGCAUAUUGAAGGAAAGGAUGGGGAGCGCGGCGGAUGGAAGGGAGAGGAUCGGGAGGCUCGGAUGUAUGUCUUUGAAGUGAAGCAGAAGGAGCCGGUCAAGAAGGGAGGGAAGAAGAGAAGCCGCGAUGAUGAUUCUAGUGAUAGCGAGUAA